AUGGUUGCUACUCAAAUAUGCAUUAUCUAUCUAUCUAUCUAUCUAUCUAUCUAUCUAUCUAUCUAUCUAUCUAUCUAUCUGUUCUUAAUAUUUGUUUCUUUCCUUCUGACUUCGUUUGUGUCUUCGUUUUUCAUUGCCACUUUCAUUCUCCCGUUUAUUUUUCCCUUCCAUUAUUUUCUGUUCGAAGCACCUUCUUUUCUUUCCUUUUUUUCCUUUUCAUUUUUCCCUGUCCUCAAUUUCUUUUUUUUUUUCUUUUGCCUCCACCCCCCCCCGCAAUUCUUCUCCCUGCGUUUUUUUUUUCCCAGCCCGAUAAUUAAUUCAUUCAUUUGCUCCCUUUUCCCCACUGUUUUUUUUCUCAAUGUAAUUAAAUUUUGCUUCGUUCGUUCUUUUUUUUUUUUUUUUUGUGUUUGUUCCCGUCCCCUUUGUUUUUCAUUCAUCUCCUCCAUCACGAAUCAACAUCUACAUCCAUUGUUUUUCUCUCACUGGAAUCUGAACUCCGAUCGAGUUGUCAUUAUGCAACUUUAUAUGCAGCUGAAGAACGGGCAUCAUUUUAUUUCAAGUGCAGCAAAGACAAAUACCACAAACAUGCGCUUUCGUUUGCUCGUUCGCACAUGCGCAGUAGUCGGUUGUCUCAGACUGCUAAUAAUAAACGCGCGAGAAUGCAGAUGCCUCUUUAGGCAGCGCACGACUCAAUUUCACGAACAACACUCAUAG